AUGCCGAAGGUUCGAAGAUGGGCAGAGCGUCUCAGAAGAGGAGACCCAGAGCUUUACACUGAGCUUUUAGCCCCCGCGCCGGAAGAAGUUCCAGUGCCCUACGAGCGGCCAAGAGCCACCGAAGAGGAGCUUGAAACGGUGCAGCGGCUGAAAGAUUGGAGCGACACCACGCCGCAGGGUUUGGCAAAGGUGAAGAAGCUGCUGGAGGCGAAUGCCACGUCAGCCGAGGUUCAGGAGGCCGGCAUCACUCGCUUGGGCGGCUUGCUGGCCGAGGCCAAAGGCACUGGUAGCGCUCUCCCCAGCAGCUGUGGCUUGACACCCAGUGCCAUGUGCCCAGUGGUCAUGGAGGCGGUGUGCUUGGGUGCGGGACUGGGACUCCUUGGUGUUCGCUUCGGUUGA